AUGGCAGUUAAGAUUGCUGUUAUAGGUUGUGGAGCUGUAGGCUCUUCUUUUUUGUAUUCUGCGAUUCAUCAGAAUUUAGCAGCUGAGUACGGUCUAAUUGACUACAAUGAAGAACUUGCUCAAGGUCAAGUAUUGGAUUUAGAAGAUAGUUCUCUCUAUUUUGAUUCUUCUCCUAGAUUGAAAGUAAUCAAGAACUAUCAAGAACUUGUUAGUUAUGAUUUUGUAGUAAUUACAGCGGGAAGACCUCAAAAGGAAGGAGAAACUCGCUUGGAAAUGAUUAGGGAUAAUGCAAAAAUAAUAAAGAAGAUUGCAGAAGAUGUAAGAGAUUCUGGUUUCCAGGGAAUUGUACUGAUUUGUUCAAAUCCUGUGGAUGUUUUGACUUAUGUUUUUCAAAGAGUUUCAUCUUUCAAGUUCAAAAGGGUGUUAGGAUCUGGAACUGUUCUAGAUAGUUCUAGACUAAAAGUAGAACUCUCUAAGGGAUUAGGAGUUACCCCUUCUUCCAUUUCUGGUGCGUUCAUAUUGGGGGAGCAUGGGGACAGUUCUUUAGUUACUUUUUCAAAUAUAAAAGUUGCGGGAUUGACUGUAAAUCGUUGCGAAGACAAUCAUUAUCCUAACAGUCCUUUCUGUUGUUCAGAUUAUGAGGAAAAGUUAGAACAAGUAGUUAGUCAUAAAGCUUACGAAAUAAUUAAACGAAAAAGGGCGACCCAUUACGGGAUAGGUGCAGCAUUGGCUCAAAUAUUAAAGUCUAUUAUUUUCGAUAAACAAGAAGUUUUACCUGUUAGUGUUUUAUUAAAUGGUGAAUAUGGAUUAUCUCAAGUAGUGUUAGGCGCGCCUUCAAUAGUGGGUAAAUAUGGGGUAGAAAAGAUAGUUGAGAUGAAGUUAUCUCAGAAGGAGAUGGAUAAAUUACACAGAUCUGCUCAAAUUCUUAAAUCUAAUAUUGACAGCAUUCGCGAGUUGAUUCAAUAA